AUGGCAAGGCAGCUGGUCUUGAUGACAUACGUACAGAACAGAUCAAACAUUUUGGGCACAAUACACAGGAGUGGCUACUCCCUCUCUGUUCGACAACUGCGUAACCUCUACCAGCUUCCUAAAAUCUGGCGGAAAGCCAGUGCGAUUGCUAUCCUCAAGCCAUGGAAAAAUAACGAAGCAAAGAGCUACAGACCAAUCUUCCUGUUGUGCCACCUCUUCAAGUUCUUUGAGCGCCUCAUGCUAUACAGACAAGCAGGUUUCUGGCCUGGAAGAUCGUGCACUGGCCAAGUGCUAAAUCUAACCCAGCACAUCGAGGAUGGUGUCGAGAAGAAUGAACCGACUGGAGUUGUGUUCGUCGACCUGAAAGCUGCAUACGACACUGUGAACCACCGUAUACUUCUCGACAAGCUCGAUACCAUGACAAAGGACUCCCAUCUGACUAAGAUUAUCCAAAUGCUCCUGGAAAUUAGACGGCUUUAUGUUGAGUUCAAUGGGAAGCGCAUUUAA